UUUUAAAAAAUAAGGGAAAGAAGGAAGGGCUACCAAACAACUCUUCCUUCCUUCCUUCCUUUCUCCUUCUUCAUCAAUCCGUCAAUUUCGCCAAUUUUCCUCUCUUGCAUCCUCGAUUGGUGCUCAAUCUCCUCCCCAAUUCCACAACCCCUCCCAACGCUGUCUCUGUUCAACCAGGGAUCUCAAAUUUCGCCGCAGGAUUCCCAAACCAAUUUUUUUCUAGGGUUUUUGCGGUCCUCAAUUUUGGUUGAUUGUUUUCUGGCUUUUUUAGGUUUGUUGCUGUAUCGUCGAAUUCUGGUCUGGGGGUUUUGAUUCCGCGGUUCGAGAGGGGCGAAAGGAUGAGUUUUCAGGAUCUUGAAUCGGGUCGCGGGAUGGGUUCGCGGAGGGGGUACGCGAAUGGGAAGCAGGAUCCCACCCAGGCCGUCGCUUCCGGAAUAUUCCAGAUCAACACGGCCGUGUCUACGUUCCAGCGCCUUGUCAACACUCUCGGCACCCCUAAGGAUACGCCGGAGCUUCGGGAAAAGCUGCAUAAAACUCGAUUGCAUAUUGGGCAGUUAGUGAAAGAUACUUCAGCUAAACUCAAGCAAGCUAGUGAAUCUGAUCAUCGGGGUGAAGUCAGUGCAAGUAAGAAAAUUACGGAUGCUAAACUUGCAAAAGAUUUUCAAGCAGUUCUUAAGGAGUUUCAGAAGGCUCAACGGCUUGCUGCUGAGCGGGAGACAGCUUAUGGUCCUGUUGCCCAAGCAGCUUCUGGUUACUCACCUGGUGAUAUGGAGCGAAAUGGAGACAAAAACCCCGAACAACAAGCUCUUCUUAUGGAAACGAAAAGGCAGGAGGUUUUGCUGCUGGACAAUGAGAUUGCUUUCAACGAGGCCAUCAUAGAGGAAAGGGAGCAGGGAAUACAAGAAAUACAGCAACAAAUUGGUGAAGUGAAUGAGAUUUUCAAGGACCUUGCUGUGCUUGUUCAUGAGCAAGGAACUAUGAUCGAUGAUAUUGGCUCGAAUAUUGAGGGUUCUCAUGCUGCAACUGCUCAGGCAAAAUCCCAACUCGUCAAAGCAUCUAAAACCCAGAAGUCAAAUUCUUCUUUGGCUUGCCUACUACUAGUGAUCUUCGGGAUCGUUCUUCUCAUAGUGAUAAUAGUACUUGCUGCUUGAAAGCUUACCGUUGUGUGUUGAUGUUCUUCGUGGUUUUUGAGGGCUUUAGCAAUAUCUGGUAGACAAUGUGGUUCUUUGAAGCACGUUGCUUUUCGAAUGAACUAUGCGUCAAUUUCAUCGGGGCGGGGCGAGGCAAAAUUACGUAUGUGUUAAGGUGUAUUCUAUUGAUUUCAUCUUGUAAAUACUGCAUCCUGGUUUGGGUGUUAAUGUUGUUGAUUGUGGUGGAAUGAUUGUUUCUUCUUCAAGAUUUCUAUCUAUCUACAAGUGUUAUGUUCA